AUGAAGACGUUGACUACGACCAGAAGAGUCUACGGGAACGAGAGCCCCGAUGAUACGGCGGGAACGAUGUGGCGUCCGACUGAUUUCGACGAUUUUCACGACGGAGGCGCGUAUCCGGAGGUUUUCGCGGUGCAGUUUCCGAGCGAAAUUGGAUGGCAGAAGAAAGAGAUUAAUUCGGAGAUCAACGACACCAUCUCUUGCCCUCCGUCGUUGCCGGUGGAUAUGGAGACGCUGAUGAAGGAUUCGACGGAGACGAUGUUAAGAGUGAAAGGAAAUCGAAACAGGACGGAUGCGCACGAAAGUUACAAGGCUUUCGUGCGCGCGUUCGAAAGGGAUGCCGAGGCGAAAGAGAUUGAAACGUUUGGGAGCUUGUGCGAAGCGAAAUCGAUCGAGAUUAUCGAUAACGAUACCGUGGACGCGAAAAUGUUCGAGAACGAGUUUGUGACGUGCGAGAAUGGCGUCGGGAAACCGUGCGUGGUGCGAAAUAUCUUCAAGGAUAGGUUUCACGGAGUCGAUUUGUUGGAUCUCUUCCCGGAAGAAAUGCUCACGGUGAACGAUAAAGCGCCCGCUCGAAGAACGGACAAGGGCGCCAUGAGACAGAAUACGUUGCUCGUUACCUCGAAGAGAUACAAGGAGUACAUGGACGACUACGAGAAGUGUAACGAAGACGACGACGAUGCGAAACCGGCACCAUUUUAUAACAACGGGUGGCGAAUAUUUUCAACGCACCCGGAAAAAGUGAACCCGUAUUUCGCGAACAUGCAUCCUGCGUUUACUCGAGCGGCGGACGAAACCGAAACGAUUUUACGCGAAACGUUCAAAUUCGUAGUGAAAUCGUCAUCCGCGCCACACAUGCAAUCGCACGUCGACGCGAUGACCGCAAACGUAUCGAGAUCGCUGAACAAAGCGUUCAUAGGCCCGGCCGGAUGUAUCACUCGCCUGCACUACGACGCGCAAAACGCGCACGGUUUUUUAGCGCAAACCAAAGGACGAAAGCUGUUUGUCCUGUUUCAUCCCGCAGCAGAUGUUGGCGCGACAAACUGUUGCUCGAGCGCGGACGAACAGACGGAAAUGAACCAAUCGUUGAUCGAUCCUUUGCGGCAUAUUCCUGAGAAGGCGCGAAAGCACCUCUACGCGUGCGUCGUCGAAGAAAACGAAGCAAUAUUUAUUCCUCAUAAGUGGUGGCACUACGCGGUCUCGUUAGAUUCAAGUCACACAGUUAUGCGAAACUUUUUUCACUCGAAAACGAACGUCGAAGGUCUGGUGACGAUGGUCAUGCGUUCCGUCGCCAAUAAUCAAACGAAUUAA